UAUAUAUUGUACCACCUAGCUAUAUGUCUACAUACCGUCGAAUGCAACACAAUAAAAACAAUCAUUAAAUGGUACUACCUACGUAGCAUUGCAUGGAAUUCGCCAAAGUGCGCAGGUCCACAGUGCACGCAUGCGCCGCAGCCCACCUAUACCCAGAAACAAGGUAAUCAGUUCAGCAUGGGUUGACGCCGCAACAUGAGGGGAGGCAGUUCCGAGAGGCUCGUCGCGCGGCCGACGCGCCGCCGCGGCGAGACCCGAGCCAAGCUGACGCGCUACAUCACCAUCACGCUCGCGACGCUGCUGGGCGGCGGCGCCUCCGCGCUGCUCUUCCUCGUGCCGCUGUACGCCGACCCCGCGCUCAGCGCGCUCGCCGCGGACUUCGACCCGGUCCCCGCCGAGUGCGUGACGGAGCGCCGCGACGACCGCCUCGGCCUCGACAACUGCACCUGGGCCUCGUGCCGCGAGGGCUGCACCAGCGACGCCUACAAGUGCACGCAAUUACACGUCAAAUACAAGCCGUACAGCGAGGAAUGGCGGCCAGCGAUCCUGUUCGUCAACAUAAAAGGCUGUGGGUAUCCGCCGAUGGUGGAUUGUGAGAACUUUACGACGAGUUACGGGUUCGUGGGGGCGAGGUACCCUUGUUUCUGGUCGCGGGCGGAUGAUAGUGUGGUGGUGCCGCGGUGGUCGCGCGGGGAGCAGGUGGCCACGGUCACGCGCACGCUGGCGCUGCCGCUGUUCCUGGCCGGCUGCGCGGGCAUCGGGCUGUGCGCGCUGCACUGCGAGUGCCGCCCGCGGAGACGCCGCCGCCCGCCACGCCGCCCGCCGCGCCUGCCAACCCUCUCGCCGGACGACACCUCCGUCUACCGAUUAGCUUAGCGGAAAAUUUAGUCUUAGGUAAAGAAAUAACUGGCACAAAUACCUUAUUUUAUUAUUAUUAACCACUGGAGUUUAAUAGAUGUUCGGAAGGUUUAAAUGUUAUUGUAAAUAUUGUACCUGCUGAGAGUGUAAAUAAAAAGUGAUUAAAUAACAAGAGA